AUGCCUCUUGCGGACUGGGCCAGAAUGCUCUUGAGAAGCCACACCAGACGUGUCCGGCCGCCGGCACGAGCAGCUGCCCACCCACCUGGCCCUGCCGCACAACCCACGAACUGGGCCCUGGUCAUGGCUUGCAGCUUUGGUUAUACAAGCGGGCAGGGUGCUGAGACCCUCUCUCCCCAUCUCCUUCGCAAGGCUGUCUCCGUGGGCCGACGGCCUGUGCUGAGCGCGCUGCUCCCGCGUCGCUCCAACAACGCGCCUCGAGUCCAAAUUUUCUUCUUUAUAAAUAUAGUCCGGGACUUGUCUCUCCCGUUCUUCAAUCUCACCAUCUACUUUUCGUUCUUACAAGGGCAACCCCGCCAGAUCGGUCAGCCCGCGCCAGUUUCUCUUCUCCCAUCCUGCAGGGCGCCGCCGGAUAUCUAA